CUGAACUUGUUUUCCUGUUUGAGCAAUGUCUGUUUUAAAAAUAUGAUAGUCGUGACUGCGGAUUGUCAUAACUAAGAAUGAAGUUAGCGCCUUGCUCUUUGGAUUAAAUUUACUUUCACCUCAAUAAAAAACGUCCUUUUAUAUUUCGACGUUUUACAAUCACUUUUUUCGGAAUAAAUUAAAUAUUGCUGGAUUAUGUGUACGGCUUUCUUAAUCAGAAUAUUUAAAUGUUACAAGAUAGUCGCGACUGCGGGUUGUCAUCAUUUAGACUGAGAUCCUGAAGAGCGGUCAGAGAAUGAAAGCAUACAAUAUUUACUUGUUGUUCAUUUUUCGUCUUUGCAAUGGAGAAGCCGCCAUCGACUGCAGUGGACGCUGUGCCUGUUGCAUUGACGGAGAAUUAGGGUGUAAAAGAUCGCCAAGUAUACACGUAGAUACAAUUUGUUUCAAAGGAUGUAUCGAUACCAUUUAUGGAUUUAGGUGUAAAAAUCCUUGUAGAGGAAAUUGUUUGAUAUGUUCUCAAGACACGGGUGCUGAAUGUUUUGCCUGCAAACCUGGAUUCUAUGGCACAUCAAGCUUUUGUGCUGAGUCUUGUCCAAUUCGAUGUAUUGAUGGCACAUGUGACAACGACGGUAGAUGUACAUGCAUACCAAACUUUAAAGGUAACAUGUGUGACACAUGCGUUCAGGGGCGAUAUGGAGAUAACUGUGAAAACACUUGUUCUAUAGGCUGCAUAAGCGAAACCUGCAAAAGAAAUGGAAGCUGCAGCUGUCAUCACAACUUCAGUGGGCAAACCUGCGACGCAUGUGCAUCUGAUUAUGAGGGAAGCGCAUGUGAUAGUUGCAUGCCUGGUUUAUAUGGCGACAGAUGUCAGAACAAUUGUGAAAGUCCAAAUUGCCGCUGUAUACAUUCACAGAUAUGUGUCUCAUGCGUUUCUGGUUUCUAUGGUAAUGCCUGCAAUCUACCAUGUUCUCAAGGCUGCCAUGAUAACAAAUGUUCAGAUGACGGAAUCUGUGCUUGUAAACACAAUUUCGCUGGAAAUAAAUGUGAUGUAUGUGCAUCUAAUUAUGAGGGAAUAGCAUGCAAUAGUUGCAAACCUGGUUUAUAUGGCGACCGAUGUCAGUACAUUUGUGCAAGUCCGAAUUGCCGCUGUAUACAUUCACAGACAUGUGUUUCAUGCGUAUCUGGUUUCUAUGGUAAUGCCUGCAAUACAACAUGUUCUCAAGGUUGCAUUGAUAACAAAUGUUCAGAUGAUGGAAACUGCAUUUGUAAGCACAAUUUCGCUGGAACAAAAUGUGACGUUUGUGCAGCUAAUUAUGAAGGCUAUUCUUGUAAUAUUUGCGUACAAGGGAAAUAUGGCCAUCUUUGUCAAGAUACAUGUUACUAUAGCAAUUGCCGUUGUCUUCAACAGUAUGGCUGUGAUUCGUGUAAAGCUGGGUUUUAUGAAAUAAGUACCUUUUGUGAAACGGCUUGCGGUAAGGGUUGUGUAAGUCCGACAUGCGAGGACGAUGGCAGUUGUUUUUGUUUACCGAAUUUCAUGGAACCGAAUUGCGAUGAAUGUAAGGAAGGUUAUUUUAACAUUUCUUCAAACUGUAAUCAACCCUGUUCUGAUGGUUGCAUGAAUGUUUGUCAAAAUGAUGGAUCUUGCAAUUGCAAACAAAACUUCAAUGGGACAAGAUGUGACAAUUGUGAUGAUGGCUUUUAUGGACAAGACUGCUCAAAGUCAUGUAUUCUAUUUGAUAAUAAUUGUCUUAAAUGCAAACGGAAUGACGAAUACUGUAUAAAAUGCAAGAAUGGAUUUUUCUCAAGUAAUGGAAAAUGUAUCGCAUGUGGUAUAAACUGUUUAGGAGGGAGUUGCGACCCCUCCAGUGGCCGUUGUGACUUGGGAUGCAGGCGAGGAUUUUGGUCUGACAAAUGCGAUGCAAGAUGUAAUCUCAACUGUUCUACAUGUGACCAGGUAUGGAGUGUGUGUUUGUACUGCACUACCGACGUUGUUUACGGACCUUUCUGUAAUACGUCGUGUAACUCUUCCUGUGUCCAGUCACGGUGUCAUCAGAAAACUGGUACAUGCACACACGGAUGCAUUUACAAUCGGCAUGGUACUUAUUGUGAAAAGGAAUGUUCGGACAAUUGUGAACAGAAUGACGGUGAAUCACCAUGCAAUGGCAGCGGUGUUUGCACAAAUGGCUGUGUGAGUGGAUAUAUAGGAACUUCUUGUAAUAUAGAGAGACGAAUUAACACUGCUUCUUCCACAAAUAUUGCAACGGCAGCUUUAGUGGGAGUGUUUGCUACUUUGUUCAUGUGUACGGCUGCUGUUUUCUACUUGUGGAACAGACGAAGAUCUAAACCAAUAGAACAAAGUUCGGAAAUACAGUUAGAUCAGAUUGAAACCGAAAAGGCAUAUGAGCAGCUCCAAAGACAGGCAAGCGAACCAACAUACAGGAAUGUUGAUGACAAUUAUACUGUGCUUUCAUUAUAGAAUUUCGACAAUCUGAUGUUUCUCAUUUGAUACUAAAUAUAGGACAUAGUACACUCAAUUUUGACAUAUUUUGCUACUUUCUAUGAAACUGCAGUCUCAGUUUUAAAAUGUAUCGUGUGUAGAUUAUUACAGAAAG